UGAUCAGUGAUCAACAAUGCGGUCAGAUAACCAUCUUUAUCUAGCCUAUAAAUAAAAAGCGAUUGACACAUUACAGCUGUGCAUUUUAACAGCUGUGCGGCUUUCAGCUGGUGACAGGAUGUGUUGCAAACAUUCUUUACGCGGAAGCCGUCACUUUUGUUCACUUUCAGUGAGCAGACACAGGCUCCAGAGUUCAUCUGUCUAAAAGGCUGAAGGCUCCGGGAUUCAGCCCCCACGUGUACGGACACCAUGAGGACUGUUUUACUCGGGAUAUUUAUUCUCUUUAAAGGAGCAAUUUGCACGUCUGAGUACAACUUUAACGAUGUGAUCAGACACUUUGCUGUGGGAAACGGUAAGGUGUUUGUUGUUACCGAUUCUCAGCUCCACCAAAUGCGGCACGAUCUCGAAGUGGAGAAGAUUAAAGUCAUAUCAAACACCACGGACCAGAACGCAGUGAACAUCUUGUUGCCUUUCGAGGCGAACGGAACUCUGAUCACAUGCGGCACUUUGAACUGCGGACACUGCGAGGUCCUGGAUAUAAAUGAUAUAACACGAACUAUCUACAGGGAGAACUUGCCGGUUGGACCGCUUGUGAACGAAUCAUCCGUUGCGUUCCUUGUCGAUUAUCCAGGCGACAGUAAUGGCACAUACAUGUUGGUGGGGAGAGAGAAUAAUGAUGAAAAGAAAAUGUGUACCGAUGCCGGUGUGGUAUUGUACAACACUCUCUACACUCAGUAUGGUGAUAUUUUUUCUAAAUCAGACUCUGCUACAACUGAAGCCUACAUUAAGAUUCCUGGUGUUGAGUGGGUAAACGGUUUCCAGGUAUCUUCACAGUUUCAGUCCUACCUCUUCGCCAACAUUAAUUUAACCAGCAAAAUAAAAAAAGUGGUUUUCUUUAAGAUGGAUAACAACCAGAAAAAAACAGAAAUGACGAGAUCUCUGAAAGUUGCAACUUUACGCUGCUGUGAUGACCAACUUCGCCAGAAACUUGUGUCCUCUGCCUUUAUCUCGUCGGAGUCUUCUCUUUUAUGGAUGGGAAUAUUCACUGCAGAGCGUCCAGACCACCCUGAGAACACUGUGUUGGCUAUUUACAACAUUACUGCCAGCAGACCAGUGAAUCCUCCUGAAGAAAUCAGAUGCAGUCCAGACUGUCCCAGAUCAACACAGAAUAUCGAGGCUGUUGUAGAUCCCCUUGCUGUGGUAUUCAAACACAAUUCAAUGACAUCUGUGGCAGCGAAAAGUAAAGGGUCUUGGACUGUGCUGUACAUCGGAACUGCAAAUGGCCAACUGAUAAAGCUUGUACUGGACACAGAUUACAGGUCUGGCUGUGCAAAAGUACUAUACAGAUCUGAUGAUGACAGGAUGGUGUUUCCCAGAAUGUACUUUGACCCAGUGGAUCAUAAUUACAUCUACAUAGCUUUGAGAAAUCAGAUUAAACGUUUUGCAGUGACUCAGUGUGGUAUGUAUGGCACUUUAAGAGACUGCAUUGGCAGCAUGGACCCUUUCUGUGGAUGGUGUGGGGUCACAAAAAGAUGCUGUUUGCAGAAGGAGUGUACAGCACCAUCUUGGAUCUCCAUUGCUAAAGAUUCUUUUCAGAAGGAGCUGAUUUCCUUUCAGGUUAUUUCUUUGAUCCCUGGAGAGAUCAGUCUGACUGUAUACCUGCACCUGGAGGCCACAGAAAGUCUUCCUUUAACAUGUACAUUCAAGGCAGGAAGUGUGGAUCUGUGUACUAGCCCAGUUGCACAUUUUCCCAGCUGCUCCUGCAAUUUCCCUGAAAAGGACCUGUCUUCUGAUAGACUCAAAGUCACAGUGACAGUCAAUAUUAGUGAUCAGAUCUUCACAGACAGCCUGACACUGAGGAGCUGCCCAAAUAUCACAGAGAAUACACAAUCAGAUGCUCAGUGCACAGCCUGUGUCUCAGCUGGGUGUUAUUGGAACAACAGUGGCAUGAAGUGUACCUGGACCCCUAAAUCUGCACCAUAUGUACACAUACAGGACAUUUGCAAGCAGUCUUCCUCUGAGAAAAACAACAUGGAGGUACAAGCGCGGACGAGACCGCCGGAUAGUGAGAGUCGCACAUACGGAGGACGCCGGCCUGGGAAAACCCCCGCCCAGCCUCGGGAAUCCCGCCUCCGCCACGAGUAGACUCCGCCGGCCGUCACGCCUCCACAAAACCCCGCACUCAUCCACUUAUAACCCAUUCACCUCACCCUAGCCACAAUAAACCACCGUUUGCGAACAUC